UCAAACGGAUUCAAGCUAGCGAAAAGAGGCUGAAGUAGAGACGAGAACUGAAAAUAUUUUCUCAAACAAAAUCCGGGUCCUUUGUUUGAUAUUAUCUUCAAUAGAAUCAACAUUUAAAAGUCUUCUUACUUGACCACGUCUAUGCUAUAAAUGGCGGUUAUUAUGCGAGUAGCUUUGCUGGUGAUAUUGUUGUACAAUGUGGUCGUCAUCGCUUCUUCCGACGUUAACCGGACAACGGAGAAAGACUUGUUGUCGUUGUCGUCUGUGACGUCAGACGAGGAGACACGGAGGCUGCGUCGCCUGGAGGCAGAGGUGGAGGUACUGCGGCGGAGUGUGACGGAGCUGAAAGCUGCAGGGCCGUGUGCAAAACAGCAAAGCUCGCUAGAAGCAGACGCCCUCAGCGUGGCACAGGAAGUUCGCGGACUACGUCAUCACGUGCAGUCGCUGAGAAUGCACUCAGAGUUAUCUGCCAUUCGUUCGGAGCUAGACUCGCUGAGGUCAAAGGUGCCUUACAACGUCACUGAGGAGGUCAGACAGCAGGCACGUGUCACAGAGCAACCAGUGAACGUUUCUCAGUCAUCGACAUCGUCAGGUUCUGUCUACACUCGCUGGGGUAAUAGUCAGUGUCCAUCUCAGUCACAGCUUGUCUAUUCAGGUGUAAUUGGAGGAUCUCAUUACACACACGAAGGAGCGGCGUCCAACGCCCUGUGUCUUCCUCUCAACCCUGUCUUUGAGGACUACGUCGUUCCCGGGAGCGUGACCUACGUUUACGGGGCAGAGUACGAGGUCAACAUCCAUUCUUCUUAUGAGCUUGACUCUAGAUGUUCUGUGUGUCAUAUCCCACGCGCCGCCACCAUCAUGGUGCCAGCUACCAACUCCUGCCACACCGGGUGGAUGCUAGAAUAUUCGGGUAUUCUCAUGGCUGGACAUUACUCUCAGAAAGCAGCGACCGAAUUCCUUUGUAUGGACUCUGCGUUGGAGGGUAUGACGGGGUCAAAGGACGACAAAAACGGAAAACUGUUUUACUUCGCCUCCUCGUCCUGUGGGAGUCUGCCGUGUCCUCCUUACAUCAACAACAAAGUACUGAGCUGUGCUGUUUGCUCCAAAUGAUGUCUCGAUAACGGAAGAUGAUUUCUUACGAAAACUUCUGACGAUUAAAAUCCACUACGAUUCACUUGCAUAUUUAAUUACCGCAAAGUAUUAAUAACUUUCCUGGUAAUGAACAACUCUGUAUUAUCUUUGAGAGACAAGGAGUAUUAUAGACAAACAGAUUGUCAAAUAUUCACUGUAGUCUUUCUUCGUUUUACUUCUUAAGAAGGCUUUGAAAUAGUAAACUUUUGUUUGUUCUUCGUGUCAGUUGCUCUUAGGUUAAAAAAUGUCUCGAUAAUACAAUUUCGCAUUUACC